AUUUCAUGCCAUUUCAGUGAAACGAACAUAUCAAACACCUUGCAACGUUGUUUUUUUCAUUGCUUAAUCCCUCUAAAUUUCAAGCAUCAAACUUCAUCAAAAUUCAGCUGUACUGAUCAGUUUGGGUUGCACCCAAUUCAUGGAGAGCACCGAGUCGUCCACCGGUGGCGGUUCUCAACAGCCGAACCUCCCCCCGGGGUUCCGGUUCCACCCCACCGAUGAAGAGCUAGUUGUUCACUAUCUCAAAAGAAGGGCCUCCUCUGCUCCCCUCCCCGUCGCGAUCAUCGCUGAAGUUGAUCUUUAUAAAUUUGAUCCGUGGGAGCUUCCAGCUAAGGCGACAUUUGGGGAGCAGGAAUGGUACUUCUUUAGUCCUAGGGACAGGAAGUAUCCGAACGGGGUGAGGCCAAACAGGGCAGCAACUUCAGGGUAUUGGAAGGCAACUGGUACUGAUAAGCCAGUAUUAACAUCAGGAGGAACACAAAAAGUUGGUGUGAAGAAGGCACUUGUGUUCUAUGGAGGUAAGCCCCCUAAAGGAAUCAAGACCAAUUGGAUUAUGCAUGAGUACAGGCUUGCAGACAAUAAACCCAAUAACAAACCACCCGGAUGUGACUUUGGGAGCAAGAAAUCAUUAAGGCUUGAUGAUUGGGUGUUGUGUAGAAUUUACAAGAAAAACAACACUAACAGACCAAUGGAUCAUGACAAAGAAGAGUUUAUGGAGGAUUUGAUUGGAUCGGUACCGCCUUCGAUAACGAUCGGGAGCUGCAAUCAGAAUGGAAACCUGAUGCUGUCAAGUCAUGACCACAACCUGUUCGAUGGAAUGACUAGCAGUGAUAACACCAUGUCAAAACCUGCAGAUUUUCCUUUGCUUUCUCUUAAAAGGGCACCCCCUUCUAUGUAUUGGAACGACGAGGACAACCCGUCUUCCGGCGAGAAGUUUCAAGGUGAUAAUCACAACAACAAUGGAGGAGGAGGAAGUAGUUCGAUUGCUACUCUGCUUAGCCAACUACCACAGACAACUCCAUUGCAGCAACAGACAAUGCUGGGGUCUCUGGGAGAUGCCAUUUUUAGGCCUCCAUAUCAACUUCAAGGCAUGAAUUGGUAUCCAUAGUCCCAAUUAACCUUCUAUGGUGGCAUUAUAUCGAGAUUUUGGUUGAUAGAUAGGGAAGAUAAAAGCUAGAGAGACACAUAAGCUCUCUCUCUCUCUCUCUCUCUCUCUCUAUAUAUAUAUAUAUAUAUAUAUUCACACAUAUACAUACAUAUAUACUUUGUUUGUUUCAAUUCCUAGGUAUAGAUGCAUAGAAAAAUCAAUGAGAUGCCUCUGAUGUGUAGAAAAAUAAAAACCCAUUGAAUAUAUUUUGAUGCAUUAUUUUUGUUUAUGGACCAUAACCAUCAUGUACAAUUAAUAUUAA